AAUCGGAAUAUGGCGGCGGCGGCGCGCGAGCGGAAGCGGGAGCGCGAGGGGGACGAGGUUCCAUCCACGGCGGCGAUGUGGGCGAUGUGGGCCGGGGAGGCGCAGUACGUGUACAUGUCUAUCGCCGAUGCCCUGAAGGCCGCAGGCGCCCGGGUGUGCCUCUUCGCCGCCGUCUCCGAGAUCGGCGCCUCCUUCCGCAGCCGUGGCACUGAUUUCACUCUUACAUUGAGGAUUGCUGAUCAAUCACGUACAACUGGGAUCUCUGUGACUUUCUUUGCUAAUAACACUGCACUACUGCCCCGCGUUAAGUCAAGCGGAGAUGUCAUCAGUCUCCAUAAUGUUGUGAUAACAAUGCAUUGUGGAGAAUUAUUUGUUACUUUUGACAAGAAGUCAUCUUCAUUUGCACUUUUUGAAGGGAAAGCAUCUACAGAACUCAGGCCGUAUCAGACUUCUAUCAAAUAUCAAGAAAGCAAACAGGACGAUGAAAUUUUAACCAAUAUGAGAAUGUGGCUUGCGUACCAUCCUCCAGGUCUUAAAGAUCUUGAAUUACAGCUAAGAAGUGUAAAGUCUGAUUCAACUUUUGAUCUUGUAUGCAAGGUACUUCAUGUCUGUCAAGCUUCCACCAGCGAAUGGAUUUUUUAUGUUUGGGAUGGAACUGAUGCUCCUGCAACUGAGUUUCAGACAUUUUUGAGCACGGAAGCAUUUACAUCAGCCCCUCUACAUCUUGAAGAAACGCCUCUACCCAGGGAGGUUUUAUGCACACUGCCUUGUAUUGGAACUGUCCUUAGGAUUUUCUCGAACAAGUUUUCCAAGGAAAUACUACAGCUGCAAAGGAAUAUUUACUGGGCCCGGUUCUGCAAUAUUACUUGCAAACAGGAGUUUGGCAUUUGGAAAGGCACUUUGCUGUCUUCUAGUAGACUUCGUCUUUUAUCUAAUGAAGAUGGCAGUGUCGUUGAACGAUUGAAGAUGUACGACAGUCGCUUAACCACCCAAGUUCAUCGACAGCCAAUGGCUAGCCUCCACAAGGCCUCUGAUAUUACUGAAGUGGAGUUCCAUAGAGCAGGUUACACAACACUAAUGGAGUCUCUCACAAAUGAACAGGUGACGCACAAAUUCAAAACCCUUGUCCGUGUGGUGUCAGCUUAUCCUUGUCAAGGCAGUGACCUCCAUUCACUAUUGACUGGUAAUCAUUGCCUUCGGCUGACUCUCGAGGAUCCCACAGCAAGAAUUCAUGCCUAUGUCCACAAGGAUGACGGGGUCAGAUUUUUUGGCGGAUUUCUCACGGCAGCCGCGUUGACCAGAAAGAUGAACAGGCUGCUGGGUGUCCCGGAACCAGAAGAAGCCGACGAAGACGCCCCCUUGGCCAGGAACCCUCCUUGGAUAUGGUGCUGCCUGAAGUCUUACCGUGUUGACAAGUAUGAUCCCUGGGACAGUAGACGGUACAGGAUCUUCGGCACAGAGAUCAGGGACUGAAAUAGGCAGACGGUCCCUCCAAGGUGUGGCGAACUACCUUGUAGACGACGCUGUACAGUAGUAUUAAUUUGCACUGCCGACUUAGAAGCAAUUAGAAAACCCCGCGUUGCAUUGUCACGAACCUUGCAAGCAUUGACGGAGAGGAGCAGCCUUUCAGUUGCUGCUAUUGUUCCUAGAGCCAAUCUGUUCUUGUAGCACUGUUGCUAAUUCAUGUAUAUUCAUCGCUGGCUGCAUUCUGUAUUCUUUGACUCCUGCUCAUCCGAUUCCAGAGGCAUGAUUGUACCCAUGUUUGGCGUGGUGGCCAUGGAAACUCGCUGGAGCUCGAGAUGAGGAAGUGCGGGCAGUUCCAUGAUCCCAAGUCUUCGUCGCUGUGGCAAUUCCGUUCUACCUCAUUGCUCAACAAGGGCGCGUUGACGGUGAGGUCGCCAGCAGAAUUUCAUGGCAAAAGCACAUAAGCGACAGCGAUUGAAGUCUUUGGUUGUUUAUUAUAUGUAUUAUCAUGCAAGAAACAAAGCAAAUUGUCCGAGUUUCAGACUUUCAGCGCGGUGUCGUGAUUCAUACAAACAUGUACAACUCGCUGUUGCUUGAUACGCGUUGUACUUAAUUUGGCUUGCACUGCCAGUUACCCUGUGUUUUCCC